CUCUGCAGGCCAGCCGAUCUGCAAGUGCCUGGGAGGGGCUCUGCUCAAUUCCUGGCUCCCCGAGAGCCACACUUGCUAACCCAAGAGUGAAUUACAGCAACUGGGCAGCUUUGAAAGAUUAAUCUGUUUGGGGUGCGAUCGUCUCUUCAGACUGGGGACCCUUUGUUAACUUUUGAACUAAGAUCGGAGGGGACACAUGGGUACAAGCGUGGAUGAGGCGCUAUCUUUGCCCUUUCUGCUCUGAAGUUUUAACGAGACCCGAGGAGAGCAACGAGCUUCGGAAAGCAUGCGAAGUUCCCUCCACGUGUGUUCAGGUACCUAGCUUCUGAACCGAGAAACUUCUCCAAAGACAGACCGGGAAGUCUGGAUGGACCAGCGUCUCGGCCACAAAAGCUUCAAGUCUCGUCUUCCUGCUGAGAGGGUCAUCUCUUGGGUGAUCUGCGCACUUGUCGGCGGAGGAUGGAGAAACGCAAACCGGCGGGACUGCUGGCUCUGCCGUCCCCGCUACGGACGCCGCCGCCGCCGCCGCCGCUGGGCGCGCUGGCCCGGAGGGAGCCGGGCCGGACCUCCGCGCGCCAGGACGCCGAGGACAGCGCGCGGGGACGGCCGUGCCCGCCCUUGUCGCUGGGGGGCGUCGGCGAGCCCGCCUUUCUGCGCCAGCGCAACGAGCGCGAGCGGCAGCGCGUGCGCUGCGUGAACGACGGCUACGUGCGCCUCCGCCAGCACCUGCCGCGCGAGCUGGCGGGCCAGCGGCUCAGCAAGGUGGAGACGCUGCGCGCCGCCAUCAGCUACAUCAGGCACCUGCAGGAGCUGCUGGAGCGCCACAGGCGGGACUGCAACAGCGACGGCGAGUCCAAAGCGUCCUCGGGGGCCUCGCCCUGCAGCGAGCCGGAGGAGCGCGCCUAGCAGCGCCUGGCAGCGCCCUCGCCCGCCAGGGUUUCAGGGUAACCCGUUUCUUCUCUGGGCCCGCAUCUUAAGAAUUAAGUGCUUCUGGAGUGGGGGAAAGGGUAUUUUAAUGUUUGGAGGUGUUUUGUUUUUUUCACUCCUCCACCUUCUUUGGUUCCGAACCGCAACUUACAAAUGCUUGAGGAAACUUUUUUUUUGUACUUGUGAAGCACAGAAGGACCAUCCCAGGGCUGUAACAAUUAAACCUUAGCCAGAGAAGAAGCACACACACACACACACACACACUCAGGGCAGUCCUUCAUGUGAGAAGAACAUUCUCGCGCGUUCCUUCCCUUUGGGAAAUUUACUGGGAAUGUCUUCAACACCGCACUGUGGGUGAAGGUAGCUGAGCUGACACUGUAACAUGUAAGUGGGGCAUCUGCUAGACCUGAGCAUAGGCUUGCCGACUGUGAACGGCCACGCUAAAAAGGACAUUCUUGCUUGGUACAUACUGCUUUGUCGGAAGAAGUCAUUUGGAAACUUUAGCAGGUAAUAAAGUGUCGCGAUGUGAAUGAUCUUUUUGGAGAUCUGGACGGCCAUCUCCCGGGGACCCCCUCCCCCCAGUUUCUGCCCACUGUUUCUCUUGCUCUUUUCUUUGCAUGCUCCCCUGUACAGUUUUCACCCUGUCUAACUUUGGGCUGGAAAAGUGACACUGACUUGAAAAAUAAAAAGCAAAUAUGCUUUGUUUCGAUGUUUGCGUUGAAUGGGGAGGGAUGUGGACGAUGGAUAUGAAUUGAACUUGCUACCUGUCCAAGCCAUUUGUCUUUGAAGGUUUUCAGAUGUAUUGAAUAUUUCACUAUGGUCAUUCCCUCUGCCUCACUAAAACAGUUAUGAAUUAUAGAAAUUGCUAGAUGUUUGUUGACAUCUGAAGGUAAACUGUUUUUUAAAGCCCCUGCCCCCUAUCCACCCCUCUGUGGUGCUGGGAUUAGUAGGGCUUCAUGCCUGCUAUGGCAAGUGCCCUUCUACUGGUCUACACCCAUCCCUAUGUUCCUUCUAAUACCAUACUGUGAAUUGCUCUUUCUUUGGAGGUAGCUUGGGCUAAGAGGGGUGGAGUUGAGAACUAGCCUUGAUGAGCACUGCCCAGGUACCAUCUCAUGCAGUCCUUUACUGCCUGACCCAUCUAAAGAAACAAACAAAACACAAAACAAAAAACUGUCUAAAAACAACCAAACCCUUUUUACUUUAGCAAGUGGGGGACUGGAGAUGGCUCAGUGGUUAAGAGUGCAUUGCUGCUCUUGCAGAGGACCUGGGUUUGUUUCCCAGCACUCCAUGGUAGCUCACAACCAUCAAGAACUCCAGUUCCAGAAGACUGGAUAACUUUGACCACAUGGUGGUGGCUGUUGAUUAUUAUUAUUUUUUUUUAAGAUUUUCUGUACUUACUUCCUGCUUCACUGUCUUUUGUAAACCUGCUCUACAAACUACUCAUGCAUGAUUUUACUCCUUAAAAGGGCCCUAAGAAAUAGACUCAGGGCUGCUCUCUCUAACCUGACUUAGGAGGCAGCCACUGGCCUCUCUGGUGCAUCUCAAUAAAAGUCAAGCUUGCUUCGAAUUUGGCUCCAAAUUGUGGUAGUGGUCUUCCUCUCACCGGAAGGGAUUAACGGAAGCCUUGUGUGGAGUCAGGGAUUGAACUGGGCAGUCAGGCUUGGAUGGCCAGUUUACCCACCAAGCCCUAUCACUGACUGCAGGAAUGAGAACUUUCAGAAGAUUUGCUCUCUGCUUUUCCUGUGGUGGAGCACUCCAUUAAGCCAUAGAACAUUGCACCCUCUUCUAAAAGAACAAAACAAGCCCGAAUGCUAUUUAUGGAGUGGAGAGUUACGUUAUGGGAAAACAGGGAUGACCAAAGAAGAGAGGCUUCCCUGUCCUUGAGGUCUUCCCUGGUUGGUUGCCUAGAAUCUCCAGAUGUUCCUCAGGUUCCUACCCUGAUAGCUGCUGGGACACGCACUUCUGAGGGCUGAGAAGAAGGAGGCCUGAACUUGAAUUCUUGGCUUCUGGAGUUGAGAAGUGGCAGUUCUCUGUUUAAGCCACCUCUGACAAAGCCUUACCUUGAAUUUGAAAGCCAGGUCCCAUCUGGCCAGGGAAAAUGUGUAGGAAUGUCAGCACUGCCCAUCGUAACUAAGUACACACAGGCUCUAAGCUUUCUGACCAGUCUCCAUCAGACAGAGACCUGAAGUUGUUUUCAGAACUGAAUAGUAGUCC